AUGAGAACUUUACUUCUCUUCUUCUUGUUCUGCUCUGUUCUUUACCUCUUUCCCCGAACUGGAUCCGCCACCGACGUGAUGACAGCCGAUCAAUCCUUAGUCAACAACCAGACCCUUCUCUCCGCCGGCAAGAUUUUCGAGCUGGGAUUCUUCACCCCGGGAGGAAACUCCAGCAACUGGUACCUCGGAAUUUGGUACAAGAACAUCCCUCAGCGAACCUACGUCUGGGUCGCCAACAGAGACGAUCCUUUCCAAAAUCUGUCCGCCGCCGCCUUCAGAAUCGCCGACGGGAACCUCGUCCUCCUCGACCAACGCGCCACGUAUCCCCUCUGGUCGACGAACCGGACGACGGUGUCAGGAAAUUACCCAAUUGCGCAGCUUCUCGACUCCGGGAACCUGGUCCUGAGAGAUGGAACAGAGUCCAGUCGAAUCCUAUGGCAGAGCUUCGACUACCCGACCGACACUCUGCUUCCGGGGAUGAAAUUGGGCUGGGAUCGAACCACGCGGCUCGAUCGGUUCCUCAAUUCCUGGGCGGGACCGGAAAACCCAGGAACCGGGAAAUUCUCCUUCGAAUUAAACCACACCGGGUUCCCGGAGAUCUUUCUGGUCGAAUCCAGUUCGAGAAUCGUGUACCGGAGCGGGGCGUGGAGCGGGUCGCGGUUCAGCGGCGUACCCGAAAUGCAGCCCCUCAAUCACGCCUCCUUCGAAUUCGUUACCGGCAGCCAAGAGGUCUACUACUCGUUCCACGUGUCUUCCCACACGAUCUACUCCCGAUUGACGGUGACUCCCGACGGGAUUCUCCGGCGGUACACGUGGAUCCCUGAGAUUGGCCAGUGGAGGCCGUUCUGGUACGCGCCCAAAGAUCAGUGCGAUAACUACAGGGAGUGUGGGGUUUACGGGAUCUGCGAUUCGAAUUCGUCGCCGGUUUGCAAGUGUAUCCCCGGGUUCCGACCCAGGUACCCGGAAGCCUGGAAUUUGAGAGACGGGUCGGGCGGGUGUGCCCGGAAGACCGAUUUGGAUUGCCCCCGGGAUAAGUUUCUGAAGACCAGGAAUGUCAAGCUGCCGGAGAGCGCGGCGGCGGUGGUCGACCGGGGAUUGGGAUUGAAGCAGUGUGGGGAAUUGUGCGCGAGGAAUUGUUCGUGUACGGCUUACGCAAGCGCGAAUGUCACCGGCGGCGGGUCGGGUUGUGUGAUUUGGUUCGGCGGGUUGGUGGAUAUGCGGCAGUACCCGGACGGCGGGCAAGAUCUCUAUGUUCGUUUGGCAGCUUCGGAUUAUCUGAAGGAAUCCAAUAGCAUUCUUGAGUCGAAGAUGAAGAUGUUGUUGAUCAUUAUCAUCCCGUCGGUCGUCUCAAUAAUAUGUGCAGUCAUUGUCCUCUCUGUUUAUUUCUGGCUCAGAAAGCAGAAACAGAGCAAGGUGAAGAACAACCUGAUCAUAAAUCUGUUUCAUCCGAGUGACGGUUCAAAUUACUUGGACGAUUCUUCGGCUCCAGCAGACAUCAACCGAACUACUAGCUACCCUGAAUUACUGCUCUUCAGCCUCGACGCCAUACACGAAGCUACUGACAGUUUUUCUCCAGCAAACGUACUUGGACAAGGGGGUUUUGGUUUAGUGUACAAGGGAAAGCUGCCCAGCGGGCAAGAGGUUGCUGUAAAACGAUUGUCCAUAAAUUCAACUGCUGGGCUGGAGCAGUUCCAGAACGAAGUGUUCUUGAUUGCAAAGCUGCAGCAUAGGAACCUUGUGAAGCUUUAUGGUUGCUGCAUUGAGCAAGAUGAACAGAUUCUGGUCUAUGAGUACCUGCCCCAGAAUAGUUUGGACUCGCUUCUCUUCGUAGACGAGAGCUUAAGGUCAGUUUUGGAUUGGAGGAAACGAUUUAACGUCAUCGUGGGAAUUGCUCGUGGGAUCUUGUAUCUUCAUCGAGAUUCAAGAUUCAGGAUAAUACAUAGAGAUCUGAAACCCAGUAACAUUCUCCUUGAUGCUGAGCUGAAUCCCAAAAUUUCUGAUUUUGGGAUGGCCAGAAUAUUGAACGGCGACCAAGUCGAAGGGACGACAAGCAGAAUUGGCGGAACGUAUGGCUACAUGUCACCUGAGUACGGGCUCUUUGGAAGGUUCUCUGUAAAAUCUGAUGUGUUCAGCUUUGGGAUGAUAUUGUUGGAAACGGUCACUGGGAAGAAGAUCAAUGGGUUUUCCCAGGAAGAUCCUUCGUUGAGCUUGAUCAGUCAUGUGUGGGAGUUAUGGAGGGCGGGCAGAGUCUCGGAGGUAGUCGAUUCGUCGCUGUUACUUAGAGACUCGAACGAGGCAGUGAGAUGCAUCCAGAUUGGGCUGCUCUGCGUGGAGGAAACUGCAGCACAUCGGCCAGAUAUGCAGGCUGUGGUUCUCAUGUUGAGCAGCGAAACAACGCCAAUUCCGUCUCCCAAACAACCUGCAUUUGUUAGCGUGAGAUCCGAGACAUGCUCUGCCUUUCGUGCUGCCAUAGCUGCGAAUGAAUCCAUUGCCGAUGGAAGCCUGUUGAUCUCCAAAGGUGGUAAAUUUGCUCUGGGGUUCUUUAGUCCGGGCCGUUCCAGGGGCAGGUAUCUUGGAAUUUGGUACCACGAGAUACCAAACCGCACUGUGGUGUGGGUUGCAAAUAGAGACAAUCCAAUCAGUGGGACUUCAGGAGUUCUUUCGCUUAACGGAUAUUGCAACCUUUUUCUGUAUAGUAACAGUAGCAGCAGGCUUCCAGCAUGGUCUGCUAAUGCUUUAGCGGGAUCAAAAGGUCCGUGCCUGGCUCAGUUACUUGAUUCAGGAAAUUUAGUGUUGAUGGAAGGUGGUACGAGUAAGAUGGCUACUGUGUGGCAGAGCUUUGACAAUCCUACAGACACUUUUCUACCUGGCAUGAAAGUUGGUCUGAAUCGGACAACAGGUGUAAGUCGCUUCUUGACAUCUUGGAGAUCAGUCGAUGACCCUGGCACAGGGCAGUUCUCAUACAAGCUUAACCCAAGCGGCUCGCCACAGUUGUUUCUGUACCGAGGUAUAAAUCCUUAUUGGCGUAACGUUCCAUUUCCAUGGAAAAGUUAUGAACUAUUUAAUGACUCUUUUGUUAAUAAUGAACUGGAACUAUCCUAUUCAUAUACUCCCGGGGAUGCUUCUGCUCUUAUGAGGGUGGUCAUUGAUCCUUUGGGUUUGUUGAAGUUCUUGGCAUGGGAUCACGGUGAUGGCGAAUGGAAGGUAUUUUUUUCAUCACCUAAGCAGAUGUGUGAUUUCUAUGGGAGCUGUGGUCCUAAUGGCAAAUGUUAUUCUAGCAUUGUUUUCCCAUAUGAAUGUGCUUGUCUACCUGGGUAUGAACCGAGGUACCCUCGAAACUGGAAAUUAAGAGAUGGAUCGAGUGGCUGUGUAAGAAAGCAAUUAGAAUCAUCUUCUAUAUGUGGGAGCGGAGAAGGGUUUGUGAGAGUUGAAAAAGUGAAGAUUCCUGAUACUUCAGCAGCAGCUUGGAUGAACUUGAGCGUGAGUAAAUUGAAUUGUGAAGCAGAAUGCAGAAAGAACUGUUCAUGCUCUGCAUAUGCUACCUAUGAUAAUGGGAAAGGGACUUCCUGUUGGACAUGGCAUGGGGAGCUGAUGGAUACGGUGAACUUGCCAGUCGAUGCUUAUGAUCUAUAUGUUCGUGUUGAUGCUCAUGAAUUAGCUGAUUAUAUGAAGGAAUCCAAUAAAUUUCUUGAAUUCAAAUUGAAGUUGAAGUUGAGUAUCAUUGUACCGUCCGUUGUCUCAGUAUGGCUUGUCAUUAUCCUGUUGGCCUAUUUGUGGCUGAGGAAGUGGAAGAUGAGGAGGGGUAUUGAUCUGACUUCACCGGGGAAACUAUCAAAUGGACAAGAGGUUGCUGUCAAACGAUUGUCCAAGAAUUCAAGGCAGGGCUUAGAACAAUUUAAGAAUGAGGUACUAUUAAUUGCAAAGCUCCAACACAGGAACCUUGUGAAGCUUUAUGGUUGCUGCAUUGAGGAAGAUGAACAGAUGUUAGUUUAUGAAUACUUGCCGUAUAACAGUUUCGAUUCGCUUCUUUUCGUUGAUCAGAACAAAAGAUCAAUCUUGGACUGGAGGAAACGGUUUGAGAUCAUAACCGGUACUGCACGUGGGAUCUUGUAUCUUCAUCAGGAUUCAAGGUUCAGAAUAAUUCAUCGAGAUUUAAAACCGAGCAAUAUCCUCCUUGAUGCUGAGUUGAAUCCCAAAAUUUCUGAUUUUGGGAUGGCUAGAAUGUUGGACAAGGAUCAGGUUGAAGGGAAGGAAAGUAGAAUUUGUGGAACUUAUGGAUACAUGUCACCCGAGUAUGCGGUGUUUGGAAGAUUUUCAGUGAAAUCCGAUGUCUUCAGCUUUGGCGUUAUCUUGCUGGAAACUGUAUCUGGGAAGAAGAGCAAUGGGUUCCCAGAGGAGGAUGCUUCUUCGAGCUUGAUCGCCCAUGUGUGGGAGUUAUGGAAGGCAGACAGAGCCUGGGAAGUAAUCGACGCAUCGCUCUCACUUAAAUGCUCGAAUGAGGCACUGAGAUGCAUCCAGAUCGGGUUGCUGUGUGUGGAAGAAAACGCAGCAGAUCGCCCCGAUAUGCUGGCUGUGGUUCUUAUGUUGAGCAGCAAAACAGCUCCUGUUCCCUUGCCUAAACAACCUGCAUUUGUUUGCGUGAGAUCCAAGUCUUAA